UGAAAAGCCCACAAUUUCCAAAGCGUUUCCAGUAUUUCCGUAAAUUUUAAAUUUUGUAUCAUAAUAUUUGUUCGAGGAAGCUGAUUUCGCUUUUACAUUUUUAUUUUCACAUUUACGAGACGUUUUCUGCGUUUACCAGCAGAUUUUGGAUUAAAUAACAUAAACGACAUAAACGACUUCGUAAUGGCAAACUGGCCCGCUCUUGGUUCCAUGGUGUUACCCAACGUGGGUGGAUGGGUCAACGGCCUGUACUUCGCUGGCCAGAUCCGGAAGGAUGAUGGUCAGAAGGCAUGGUACGAUGGCCUGAAGAAACCAAGCUGGAACCCACCCAAGUGGGUCUUCGGACCAGCCUGGACUGUUCUGUACAGCAGCAUGGGUUACGCUUCAUAUAUCAUCUAUGAAGAGUGCGGAGGAUUCCAAGAUGAGGCAGUACUCCCCCUUACUCUGUACGGAGGCCAGUUGCUCCUCAACUGGGCGUGGACUCCCAUCUUCUUCGGCAUGAAGGACUUCAAACUGGCCUUCAUCGAGAUCUCAGUCCUGUCGGGCGCUGCCCUGGCGACGACGCUCUCCUUCUUCCCCAUCAGCCACAAGGCCGGCUACCUGAUGCUGCCCUACCUGGCGUGGCUGGGCUACGCCAGCUCGCUCUCCUACUACAUCUGGAAGAACAACCCCAAGGUCGAUGUCCGCGAGAUCAAGGAUGAGAAGGCGCAGUGAAGAACAUAAAUCAUCAAGAGAAAACGCUUAAUAACUUAAUUAAUAUUUCCUUAAGUCUACGAACAAAUAUGUGUUCUUAGUUUUAGAUGCAUAUUACACGCUAUAAGUGCAAUUUCAUUAUUUUCUAAGUAAUAUUUAGGGUGAUAGCUUCACGCUAUUGGUAAGGUAAAGGGUAAGUUGAGACAGUGAAUUAGACCAACAUUAAUAGCACAAAUGUGAAAAGCGGCCUGACAGUGCAUGGAAUACGGCCUGAAAUUGCAUAACAUACGGCCUGGUGCGUAAUAGGGCCUGAGAGUACAACACAGGGCCUAAUACUACUUAACAGAGUCUAGAACGGCCUCACUAAGCUUGUAACGGCUUGAUAGUCAUCAUUAUCACAAUGGUAUAGGACACCAGUAGUGAAACUACUUGACAGUACAUAAUACAGUUUGAUAGGGCCUAAUGCGGCCCACUACUGCUUAUUACGGCCCAAUACUGCAAGAGCCCAAAACAUCUACAUGACUUUAGUCAAGCAAGUUCGCACAAAAGAAAAUAAAGCUUGAAAAGUAUUUAUUUGUGUUCCAAAGUAUUAAACUGUCUGUCAACGUUGUCCAUACUAGUUUAUUGUCUCAAAAUAAUGUACUGAGCUGUUGUAAAAACAAUAAAUAAUACAACUUUGAUAAUAAUAAAUAACUUUUGUCUUCGUAACAGUAUUUAUUCUCGCAUUUAUUAUUAAACUUCUUAGGUAUUGUGGGUAUGUAAUACAUUAAUAAACAUUGUUGUAUGUAAUGUUAAUUAAAGUACAGUUUUACUAACAUAUUUGUGUAAUUAUUAUAUGUUAUCGGCUUACUCACGUAACGGUUUGACGAGGAACUCGAGGUGAGUAAGCCGAUAACAUUUAACCGUAAAAAAUCAUAUUUGUGUAAUUUUUACUACGAAAUUUAUAAUUUUGUGGGUGUUUUUGUUAAACGAAAAACGUGUAAGUAUUUUAUUAUUCUACAAGGUGCUUAGUACUCAAAUCUAGGUAUUAAGAAAUAGAAUUUCUCAAUAAAAUUUAAAUUACGUCAAUAAAUACCAUUGACAUGUAAAAAUACCCACAAAAUUACAUAUUUGACGUCUACCCUCCAUAAUUUUGCAGGAACAAAGUUGUUUUUAUUUAUUUGUAUUUUAGAUAUAAGUGGAAAGUGACCUUGAGAGCACAAAUAUAUAUUACUUAUUUUAUAUAUUUAUUAUACGCAUUCCUCGAUGGCAUUUACUAUAUUUUGAAUAUUGAAACCAAAACGAAAGUGUCUAGUGUAUCAUUUGAGAAGUGCACUUUUUUGUGUAAAAUGUAACUCUAUGUAGAUUAUUCGAAUAUUUAUUGUUUGAAAAAUUGUUGUCUAUCAAUAAAUCACUUAAAUGUC